GGCGGCGGCGGCGGCGGCGGUGCCGGUGAGCGAGGCCGGGGCGAGGCCGGGGCCGAGGGGGGGGAGCACAGACACCUGGACACCGAGCGGUUCCUCACCUUCACCGCGGAGACGGUCGCUGGGCAGCUCACCAUGAUCGACUCCGAGCUGUUCAUGACGGUGGUGCCCUAUCACUGCCUGGGCUCGGUCUGGUCGCGGAGGGACAAGAAGGGGAUGGAGAGCGCGGCUCCCACCGUCAGAGCCACCGUCAGGCAGUUUAACCGACUGGUGGAGUGCGUGACCAGCUGCUGCCUCAGGAACAUGAACCUCAAGCCCCAGCAGAGAGCCAGGAUCCUGGACAAGUGGAUCCGAGUGGCCGAGGAAUGCCGAUCUCUGAAGAACUUCUCCUCCGCCUACGCCAUCGUCUCCGCUCUGCAGACCAAUCCCAUCCAUCGGCUGAGGAGAACCUGGGAGGAGGUGUCCAGGGAGAACCUUCACACUUUUGAGGAACUGUUGGAAAUCUUCUCCGAGAAAAAUAAUUAUUCCCAGAGUCGAGAACUGUUACUGAAGGAAGGAACGUCUAAAUUUGCCACAGUGGAAAAGAAAAAAUAUCACAAAAGGGUUCGGGAUCAGAAAUCAUCGGGCACGGUUCCUUAUCUCGGCACUUUCCUCACUGACCUGGUAAUGUUGGACACAGCGGUGAAAGACUACACUGAGGAUGGAUUAAUUAAUUUUGACAAACACAGAAAGGAGUUUGAGAUCAUUGCCCAGAUUAAGCUGUUGCAGUCCGCGUGUAAAAAUUACGCAAUCGAGAAAGACCCUGAGUUCCUGGCCUGGUUUUACUGGCUCCAAUCUCUGAGUGAGACAGAGAGUUAUCAGCUGUCAUGUGAGAUCGAGCCCCUGACUGAGAUCAGCAGUAACCCCGCAAAGUUUCAACCAACACUAAUCGUCACAGCGUGGGAAGAGGCCCCAUCCGCCCGGGGAGACCCCACUUUGUUCGGCGACGCCCAGAGCCCCACCCAGGACCCCGCCCUGGACCAUCUCCUCAGCCCCUUCUCCAACUUGCUCUCCAAGGUCACCAAGCACAAGAAAUGGCCCUCCGUCUCCACGCUGGACUCCGUGGGGUUAAACCCUCCCCCCCCAGCACACCCUGCCAUCCCUCCCCCCGCGGAGUCUAUCCCCAGGGGGCAUCGCCGCUCUGCUUCGUGCGGGGCUCAGACCCCCUGCAGCCCCCAGCCCGGGCCCCCCCAGAGCGACACACGCAUCAUACGUGUCAGACUGGAUAUCGACAACGGCAACAUGUACAAGAGUAUUCUGGUGUCGAGCCAGGAUAAGACACGGGCAGUGGUGGGGAAAGCUCUGGAGAAGCAUAACCAGGACCCGAGCGAGGCAUCCAACUGGAACCUGGUACAGCUAAUGGACGGACAGAAAGAGUUGACCAUUCCCCACAAUGCCAAUGUCUUCUACGCCAUGACCUCCUCCAGCAUUGAUUUCCUGUUGCGGGGGAAGGGGACUGAGAGCGGCACUUCCUUCCCCAAGAUCAAGUCCAAGGGGAUGAAGAUCUCCAGAACCUUGUUCUAACCACUUCACAGCCCAAGCUUCCUGCUCAGGGAGCGAGCGAGGGUGCGAGUGAGUGAGCUUCUGUCUAAGGCCUGAGGUCCAUGUAAUUCCCCCACUUUCAAACCCCGAUGAUGUCUGUGCCCAUACAUCAGCCACCACCCACCCUCCCCUCCCCUGCCCUGCCCUCUCACCUCCUCGCGUCCCCUCUCCGCCUCCCCUCUGAGAGAGCGUUUAAGAUUGUGAAAGAAUUUGAUAAGGUGGAGAGACCUCAGUCACUUGCUCUCUCACCUCUGAGUCGGGAGGUUGUGGGCUUGAGCCCCCCACAAGUCAGGGACUCUGAGCUCACAUUCCUGAUGCUCCAAGAAGUGCGCUGAGAGGACAGAGGGUGAGAGAGGGUCUCAUUGUCAGAGACCUUGAACAUCGCUCCCGUCUGUGCUCUGUUCAGAAAGAUGUUAAAGUUUGCCCCCUGGGUGGGGUGCGGCGGGGAUGUGGGGUAGGGGGUGGGGGGAGAGGAGAGUUUCUCUCCAGGUGUCCUGGCCGACAGGUAAAAUCACUCACUCACUCGCUUCCCGGCUGUCUGUGAGGAUAUUGCUGCGCGCAAAUUGGUUGCCGCGUUUCGACCGCAAAACACAAGUCACUACACUUUACAAUAUAUUCCUGUGAAGCACUUUGAGAUGCCUCAAUGGCAAUGAAAGGCGCUGUAUAAAUGCAAAUUUUGUUAUAUUGCGAUUAUAUAAAGUUGUUUGUGUUCCAUUAAUACAGUAAAAUGAGUAUUUUAUAUUCAAAUAAAUACGUAGUCCAGGU